GUCGCGGUGUCCAUUGAUACAUAUGGAUAUCGUUGAGUAUCACGCGCCCGAUCGCGUGGUACGGCAGUUUGGGUAUGUACAAAAUAUACCCGUGGCUACGGUUUGGGAGCAUGAACACUAUGCGAGGGACGAGCGUGCGGGCGUCGAUGAUGCAUGGCGACUCCAUAUGCAGCAGCAGGUCCAGAGUUGGGAUGUGAGGAUGGCGAGGCUAGCGGUGGUCGGACAUGAUACUCCCAUCCAUGUGUACAUGGAGUGGUACAUGCGGAUCACUCGCAUCAUUAUUGGCAACCCCUCUAGGCGUCGUCCAGAUGGCCUGGGAUAUGUAGCUCUUGCAGGAGCGUACGAGGCGCUGGUACGGACCGUUCAGACGAUGCGCUAUGAGAGCACUGCCCGUACGGAGUCCCCCGAGACGGCGGAGUACGCAGCACGGAUGAUUGAGCUUGCCGAGACCCCCGAGACAGCACAUGACUUUGAGCGUCUCCAUGAGCGUGUUCCCCGUGCCCCACCUGGGGCAGCAGGUAGCCGUGGUCGCCGAGGAGCUGGUGGCCGUCGCAGAGGUGCUAGGGCUGGCAGAGGUGAUGAGGCUCCGUCGACAGAUAUCCCAUCGACUUCUCAUUCCCGGCCGUCGACUUCACAGACACCUCUGUAUACGCCGGACCCUUUUCCAGGUUAUGUGCCCUGGCCUUCACUUUCAGAUCCACCAGUUCGUGAUCCACGAGGGGUGAGCGGCCCUUGUUCGUGAUCUACGUGGUGGCCUACAUUUGCGGUUCGACGACUCCAUGUUCGAGGACUUCGUGUUUGA